GAAUCCAAGAGAGUUUUACGGACGUGGCGAUUUUUGAACGGAUGUUUCUACAAAACUUUAAAGUCGAGUCACCUAAUGUUUUCUAUGGCGACGACUAUAUUGAGUCACAGUAUGACUAUAAUACUACAGAAGUUGUAGCAUCUCAAGGUACAGCAAAGGCAAUUCCAAAGUCCCAAGCGUUUCAUUUCAGGACCAAGACGAAAGUGCCCAAGUUGGGUUUGUUGUUGGUUGGUUGGGGAGGCAAUAAUGGAUCAACAGUCACGGGUGGAAUAAUAGCAAACAGAGAAGGUAUUUCUUGGCGUACGAAGAAAGGCGUCCAGGAACCCAAUUAUUUUGGAUCUAUCACCCAGUCAUCAACCAUAAGACUUGGAAGCUGUAACGGAGAGGACGUUUAUGUUCCUCUGAAGUCUCUGUUGCCUAUGGUUAAUCCUAACGAUAUCGAGAUUGGAGGUUGGGAUAUCAACUCGGCUGACCUUGCUAACGCAAUGAAGAGAGCUCAAGUUUUUGACUAUGACCUUCAGAGGCAAUUGGAACCUUACAUGAGCAAACUGAAGCCUAUGCCUUCUAUAUAUUAUGAAGAUUUUAUUGCAGCAAACCAGGCAGAUAGAGCAGAUAACCUUAUUCCUGGAAAGGACAAGAAGAAACAUUUGGAACAAAUCAGGAAUGACAUACGCAAGUUCAAAGAGGAGAAGAAGGUUGACAAAGUGAUUGUUCUUUGGACUGCAAACACUGAGAGGUUUGCUGAAGUCUUGGCUGGAGUGAAUGAUACUGCCGAGAACUUGCUCAAGUCGAUUGAAGAAUCUCAUCCAGAAAUUGCCCCGUCGACAGUAUUUGCAGUUGCUAGCAUACUAGAGGGUUGUGCUUUUAUUAAUGGCUCGCCACAGAAUACUUUUGUUCCAGGUUGUAUUGAACUUGCAGUUGAGAAGAAUGUCUUUAUUGGUGGAGACGAUUUCAAGAGUGGACAAACCAAGUAUAAGAGCAUGUUGGUUGAUUAUCUUGUGACUUCUGGCUUGAAACCUCUGUCCAUUGCAAGCUAUAAUCACUUGGGAAACAAUGAUGGCAAGAAUCUUUCAUCACAGAGACAGUUUAGAAGCAAAGAAAUCAGCAAGAGCAAUGUCGUCGAUGAUAUGGUCGCUUCCAAUGAUAUCUUGUUUAAACCAGGUGAGCAUCCUGAUCAUAUUGUUGUCAUAAAGUAUGUUCCAGCUGUUGGAGACUCAAAGCGAGCACUGGAUGAAUAUACUUCUGAAAUCUUUAUGGGUGGACAAAAUGUUAUUGUGAGCCACAAUACUUGUGAGGACUCCCUGUUAGCCGCACCAUUGAUUAUUGAUCUUGUGGUAAUGACAGAAUUGGCUCAGCGUAUAGAAUAUCGAACGGGAGCUAUGACGGAAUACACUGGUUUCCACCCCGUUCUUUCAUUGUUAUCAUUUAUGCUGAAAGCUCCGAUGGUCCCCGAUGGUACUCCCUUAGUGAAUGCUUUGUUUAAACAAAAGGCUUGUAUUGAUAAUAUCUUGCGUGCUUGUUUGGGACUGGCUCCUGAAAACGAUAUGCGUUUGGAGCAUAAAAUACAUCCAAGUUGUUUGGAUAAGGCCUUCAUUGAAACAGAUAUAGAGAAUCUAAAACAAAAGGGUGAUGAUUCCAAAGAACAAGAGUCAACUGAAAUGCGUGUAUGAUUAUUAUCAUACAUUCUGUUUUAUUUG